AUCUAUCUUUUAUCUUUGUAACUUGUUCUUUCAAGUAACUCAAUUCAAUGGCUCUCUAUGGAAAGUUGGAGACCGAUGUUGAAAUUAGGGCUUCAGCGGAAAAGUUUCACGAAAUAAUUCAUCAAAGACCUCACCAUAUGUCCAAUAUCUGUUCAGAUAAAAUACAAGGAGUCGAGUUACAUGCAGGCGAAUGGGGCAAGGUUGGCACUAUCCUCUAUUGGCGCUACGUUCAUGAUGGAAAGAAUUGUGUGGUGAAGAGCGUAAUAGAAGAGGUCGAUGAGAAGAACAAUUCAUUCACUUGGAAAGUGUUAGAGGGAGACCUUUUGAAGGGCUAUAAGAGCUUCAGAAUUAAAAUCCAAUCUAUCCCAAAGGAGAAGGGAAGUGUGAUUCAUUGUGGUUUGGAAUAUGAGAAGCUUCAUAAAGGAAUUCCAGAUUCUCAUACUUUUCUUCAGCUUUGUGUUGAUGUCGCCAAAGACAUUGAUGCUUACCUUAUGGGAGACAAUAAUGAAGGCUCAUUUAUAACCAAGGCAUGACCAACAAACCACUCAUAGCUCUUGGGUGGUGCUAUUACUAUGUUAUGUUAUGGAAUAAAUAAUUGGCAAAUUACUAUAUUUGCUAAUCAUAGUUUUAUGCUUGAAUAAAUAUAUUAUGUCGUGAUCUAGCUUGUUCUAUGUCACUAUUCAUGUGAAAUACUAUAUUAUAUGCUUCUAACAAAAUAGAAAUAAAGUUUGUAAUAAAUGUCUUCGUGCAAUAAUUAUUAUCGUUGUGCAUUGUGUUUG